AUGGAGGUCGGCGACCUGGCCCUCCUGCUGAACAAUGAGGUGGCCACAGUCCUCGCUGCCCUGCGAGGAUGGGCCGCUGCGUCCACGCGAUACACGGACGACGAGAUGCCCGAGAGCCUGGUGGAGGACUUUCAGCAGCUUCGACGCAAGAUCUUCACUUGGAAGAGCCUGGGCGAUGUGGAGCCCUUGCACCUGCUGCACCCCUUCUUCGAGGUCAUCCGCACGCCUGAGACCAGCGGCCCCGUGACCGGCGCGGCGCUGGGCUCCCUGCGCCGCCUGAUCCAGGCCGGCUUCCUGGCCGCGUUCCCCGCCGGGGUGGGGGAGGCCGUGGCGGCGCUGGCGGACGCCGUCACCUCAUGCAAGUUUGAGGCCACGGUGCCGGGGUCGGACGAGUGCGUGCUCUUCCGCAUCCUGGAGGUGCUGGCCGCGCUGGUGGCCUCGCCCUGGGGCGCCGCGCUGCCCCACGACACGCUGCUCAACGCGCUGCAGGCCGCCUACCGCAUCGGGCACUACCAGACCGAGAAGGGGCGGGCCACAUCGGAGGUGCUGGCCCACGCUUCGCGCGACACGCUGGCCGUCAUGGUGGGCGCGGUCUUCUCGCGCCUGGGCAGCCUGCCCGCCGACCUGGGCAGCCAGCUGAGCAGCCCUUUUGCCGCGGCGGCCCACGCUGCCGCCGGCGGUCACCACCUGGUGGUCGAGGAUGAGGUCGAGCUGCAGGGCGCGGGGGCCGGGAAUGCGGAGAGCGAUGCUGCGCUGACGGCCGGAGGCAAUCGCACCGAAGCCGGCGACGCAGGCAGCGCCCCGGCGGAGGCGGUGGAGCCGGCGCAGCACAGCAUCGUGUCGCUGCUGCCGCCUCCGUCAGCGGGCGGCGCGGUCGCGCCGGUCACGAACCCCGUCCCGACCGACGCCGGGUCCAUGCCGACCAUCAGCACGACGCCACGCGGUGCGUCGCAGGACGGCGGCGCCAGCCCCUCGACCGCAGGCCGGCGGCCCGGGGUCGUGGGCUACGGCCCCGACUGCGUGCGCGAGAUCCUGGCCUUCGGCCUGCGCCUGCUGCUGGUGGUGCUGGACGCGGCGGGCCCCGCGCUGACCCAGCACGCCGACCUGGCGGCGCUGCUGGCGGCCGACCUGCCGCGCGCCAUGUUCGAGGCGGGGGCCGAUGCGCCGCCCACCCGCCUCGCCGCGCUGUGCUGCGCCACGCUGGCGCUGCACGCGCGGCUGGGCGCGCGUGCCAUUGUCCAGGUGGAGGCCCUGGUGCGCCUGCUGCUGCUGCCGCUGGCCGAGGGGCGCGGCGGCGCGGGACCUGAGCGCCAGCGCGUGGCGCUGGAGGGCCUGCUGGACCUAUGCCGCCAGCCGGGCUUCGCGGCCGAGCUGUACCUGGCUGCCGACUGCCGCGUGGAGCGCGCCGACCUGCUCCAGGACAUCUGCGCCCUGCUGUCCAAAACCGCGCAGCCGGGCGGCGGGGGCGGCGGCGAGGCCUGGGCGGGGGGCGACAGCGCCCAGACCCUGGCGCUGGAAGGACUGCUGGCCCUCCUGGCCUCCCUGGACGACGUCGCGGAGGGUGGGGGCGCUUCGGACAUCGACCCUGGGGUGCCCAGACUGCUCGACUCGCCCGGGCACUACGUGGACCGGCUCAAGUCGCUGCUGGCCUCGGCCGCGGAGCACUACAAUCGCGACCCCAAGAAGGGCCUGCAGUACGCGCAGGCGGCGCGCCUGCUGCCGCCCACCCUGGACCCGGCCACGCUGGCCCGCUUCCUGCGCUGCUGCCCGGGCCUGAACGAGGCGGCGGUGGGCGAGGCGCUGGGCGAGCGCGACGACUUCUCCGCCGGCGUGCGCACGGCGUAUCUGCAGACCUUCGACCUGGCGGGGCUGGACUUUGACGUCGCGCUGCGCCUCUUCCUGGACGCCUUCCGCCUGCCGGGCGAGGGCCAGCGCAUCGACCGCAUCAUGGAGGCCUUUGGCGGCGCCUACCACGCCGCCUGCCCCGGGUCGGGCCUGGCCUCCCCCGACGCCGCCUACGUCCUGGCCUUCUCCGUCAUCAUGCUGAACACCGACCUGCACAAGCAGCGCACCGACCGCCAGCCGCGCAUGACGCUGGAGGGCUUCCGCCGCAUGAACGACGCGACCAACGACGGCGAGCCCAUGCCCGCCGCGCUCCUCCAGCACCUCUUCUCCUUCCUGUUGGCAGACAGCCUGCUGGAGCUGCUGCAGGCGCUGGCCUGGGGCGGCGGCGACCUCGCCGCCCUCGUCGCCUCGGGCGAGCCCACCGAUAGCGCCGAGCUGUGCCUGGAGCUGCUCAUCACGGUGGCGCUCCGCAACCGGGACCGCGUCACCCUCAUCUGGCCGUUGGUGCACGAAGUGCUGGCCGCUGCCACGUCAGCAUCGCAAGAAAGCAACGCGCUGGUGGAGCGGGCGGUGCUGGGCCUGCUCAGGGUGUGCGAGCGGCUGCUGCCGUACAAGGAAGAAACCGCGGAGAUGCUGCUCAAGUCGCUGACGCUCGUGCUGGCCGCGCUGCUGCGCUCCUCUGCACGCUACAUCCGAAGCGAGGCGGACUGGAAGACGGUGUGCGCGCUGGUGCGGCUGACCAGCCUGCGCCCCGAGGCGGCGCCCGCGGCCUUCGAGGCGCUGAGCGUGGCCGUGCACGACCCACGCGCGCUGUCCACGCGCUCCUUCCCCCCCCUGCUCGAAACCUGUCUGCACUUUGUGGAACGCUACCGCGCGCCCUCCCCCGACCUCGCCCUCCGCUUCCUGGAGAUGGUGGAGGCGCUGCUGGUGUGGCUGCGCGUGCUGCUGGCCAGCCCGCCCUCGGUGCACGACGCCGGCGCCUGGGCCGGCGCGCUGGGCACGCUGGUACUGCUGGCCGUGGUGGAGAUCCUGGCUGCCGGUCCCGGCUUCUACGCGCUCUGGUCCGACAGCCUCUCCGUCCUGGCGGAGUGCAUGAGCGUGCCGGACGAGGGCGUGCGCGACUCGGUGCCGGAGAACGUGAAGAACAUGCUCCUGGUCCUGGCCACCAACGGCGUGCUGGUGCCCGGGUGGCGCGACGCCAAGGGCGCCAGCCUCUGGGACCUGACCUGGGGCAAGGCGCACGCCGUGUCCUCCGGCCUCAACCCUGGCCUCCUGGUGGCAGCGGGCCCAGCAGCGGCGGCGGCAGGCAGUCCCCAGCUGGCGCAGGAGGGCGCCACGGGGACGCCAGAGGUCGUGAGCCCGCCCACCCCUGGAAAGCCAUUGGCGAGCGGCGGUGACGCGACGACGCCCGCGGCCCCCGACGCUGUUCCUCCCCCAAGCGGCGUCGCUGAGACGACCGGCGCCGACCCGCCGCAGACCAGCCCCGGCUCCGACCGCGAGGAAGGGUCUGUCGAGGAGGCCGACGGCGAGCAGGCGUCCUCAGGGUGCAAGCAGAGCUGA